CUCAUAGUUGAUCAGCUUUGGGUGUGACACGAUGAUGGGGAAUAAGAGAAGGGCUGUAGCAUCUGGCGGUGCACAUUCCCUGCCGGAGGAGAUGAUGACAGAGGUGUUCCUACGGCUGCCCGUCAAAUCCAUUCUUCGCUUCCGGGCGGUCUGCCGGUCCUGGAAUGCAGUGCUUUCUUCUGAAGAAUUUUGCUGCCUUCACAUGGCGAAGGUUGGGUCGAAGUCAGCACCGCCUAAUCUGUUCUUCACUUCACAAACAGCUGGUUUUGACGCCACUGCGGUGUACUCGAGCUCAUCAUCAGGCCCCGAUGAUGGCCUGCUGUUCACUCUUGAUGGUGUACGCGGUGGUGACUUCAUCCACAUGACACCUGCACCGUGCCGUGGCCUCACUCUUCUCCACGAUCCUUUUGCACCAGCUUACUAUGUCUUCAACGCAUCCACAAGGGCAGUUACCCGGUUGCCCCCUUGCCACAAUGCGUUGUGUGUGACUGCUGGACUUGGGUUUGAUGCCCGGAGGAAGAAGUACAAGGUGGUGAGGUUAUUCCUAGGGGAUUUUGGUGAUAAGCAGCAUAUUAAGUGUGAGACAUACACGCUGGGUGGUGAUCAUGGGGAUUAUUGGAAGCCGCCUGCUGCAGGUGUACCCUUCAGAUUCUGCAGGGCUGCUCAGGCAACUAUUAGCCAUGCUAGACAUAAUAAAGUUCUGCCAGUAUUUGCAAAUGGGUUUCUGCAUUGGCUUAUCCCUCCCUCGUUUGUUGUUGAAAGGCCACGAGCUGCCAUCCUAUCCUUUUCAGUCACAGAUGAGAUCUUUUCAUGGGUCCAGUCGCCACCGUUUGAGGUGUCAGGUGUGCAUUUGGUGGAGCUUGCUGGCCACUUAUGUAUGGUUCGGGACCUUCGUCAUGUCGGCAUGCUGGAGACUUGGAAGCUGAAUGGCUAUGGCUCUGGUGGUUGGUCAUUGGAACAUCGCAUUGAUCUGUUGCAGCAUAUUAGCAGACAUGAUGUAAUUGAGCCUGAGAUUGUUAGAGUUAUUGGUUCUGUUGGAAGUUGUGGGUCCACGAAGAGGAUAGUCAUUGCUACAUCCAAAUGCAAGGUGAUCAUCUAUGAUCCCGUGUCUCAUACUGUAGAAACUGCCACUGCAAUCAGAGAGACUCAUUCGUCUUACCAAGCUGAAAAGCUUGCUCUUUCCAGUGUCUCACUAUUUCAAGAGAGCCUUGUUCCAGUGCAUCAGACAAAUAAAGAGAGAGCCCUGUCAGUUCCCCUAGCUAAAGCGACCAGGGAGAUCUUGCUCCGACUCCCAGCUGACUGUACCAUGCGAUGCAAACUUGUCUCCAAGCAGUGGCUUAGCUUGAUUGAGGAUAACAGCUUCAUGCGCUCUUCACUUACAUAACAACAUGGACAAGAGGCCCAAGAUCAUGCUUGUGGGCAAGGGCAUCACUGGACGAUCCGGCUUCAGUUUUACUUCCUGCUCAAAGUUGCUCCAACGUUGGCCAGGCUAUUCCCUUGGAGCAAAUGUUGUGGUGCCAUGGGCUAUCGAUCCGGACGGGAAGAUCUUACUAAACACGGGGAGGAAAUUGGGAUUUUAUGAUCAAGCAAGGCAUUUUA